GGAAGAUCCAAUCCUCUGACACUCCUAUCAUCUAUUCAUUAUAGACCAAGAUGAUCGUAUUCACUUCAUCAGCAACAAACAGUCUUCGUCUGUGUGUCAGAAGGAGUACUGCUGUCGGUCAACUUUCCACCCGACUAUACGUCACAAAGCCAGCAUGGGCAGCCAGCAAAACGGCGUCAGCACCAGCACAAAAACAAAAAGAAUCAAACGAAUUCGCAACAACGUCUGCAAAAGAACUUCAUCCACUUCCUUCAAGUGUAAAAGAUGCAGGUAAACCUUCUUCUUCUUCAGAUUCUGAACGUUAUGAUGAAUUGGGAAAUAGUGUUUCGCCGGCGGAUAUUUCUAGUCGUCCUUCUGGUCCUGGACCUUCAGGACCUGUAACCGAUGCAGAACGAGCUGCUCCACGUUAUACACAACCAUCAUCGAAUGGAAACGGAAGCAAUGGUGAUGUAUCAGAAAAGUCAAAUUCUUCUUUCGACUGGGCAACAAGCUUUAAUGGGAUGAGCACAAUCCCAUUCCCAGAAAAAGUGGCUCAAGUACUAGAAGAACCAGUCAAUGAAGACGAUAUCGAAAUCAAACCUGACGGACUCUUAUAUCUUCCUGAGAUCAAAUAUAGAAGAAUCUUGAAUCGUGCUUUUGGUCCUGGAGGAUGGGGUUUAGCACCAAGAAGUGAAACAAACGUGAGCGAUAAAGUGGUUAGCAGAGAAUGGGCAUUGAUCUGUUUAGGCAGAUUCGUAAGCACGGCAAGAGGUGAACAAGAAUAUUUUGAUCCUUCAGGCGUUGCAACGGCGACCGAAGCUGCAAAGAGUAAUGCUUUAAUGCGUUGUUGUAAAGACUUAGGAAUCGCACAUGAACUUUGGAGUCCAAGAUUUAUUCGUUCUUUCAAGGAAAAGAAAUGCGUUGAAGUUUUCGUUGAAAAUGUUUCUACACAUAAAAAACGUAAACUUUGGAGACGUAAAGAUGGAGCUCCAUUCGAAUAUCCAUGGAAAGAGUCAAAAUGAGAUUUGAAGACGCAGAAUUCUGUAGCAGUAACACACGCAAUAAGAUUGUCUAAAGAAUUAUUGUACCAUGCAUAGACAAGUGCUUGAAAGAUGAAUACCAUUACAUUAAAUUGACAAGAGAAGGAAAGAGACUGUGAUGAGAAGAUUGAGAGAUAGACAUUUAUUUUCCUCCAUUAUUUGCAUUGCUAUGCCGUUUAAGUGUGAUCUUCAUGCUAGAACGACCUGAUUCAGGUUUGACGGCAGCAGGAGCAGGUGUGGCUGGUUGUUCAACCGGCGAGCUAUUACUAGCUGUUGCCUUUCCGUUUGAUUCAGGUGCAAUCUGUUGU